GGUAGGUUUAACACAGUGUGCUGUCCGUCCAGUUGACACACAGAACCAUUAAGGUUGUUUUGUCUCUUGCUAGAUACUUGUUAAGAUUGGCCGACACAGAAAUUUGUUUGUGAACAAUGACGCAUUGAUGCUAUGACGUCAGAACUAGAAUGGCUUAGGAAGGUGUCAUGAACCCAGCAGUGGCCUCUAAUCACGUGAUGGGUUGGAAGAAAACUGCCGCCAUAUUGGUUGUCGUCUGCUUGACAGUACUCAACGUUUGGCUGGCCAGAAACAUCAUCAGCGCCGGCUCGGGACAAGUGCUCGUAGAGACAAAGCCGAACGAGAAGCCCAGAACAAAAAUGUCGGACAUCCUGGUGAUUGCUAUCGAGGACGUCCACCCGAUUGACCAUCUGCAGGAAGCCCAAGAAAUGGAAGCAAAAAUUUCCAGACAAACCAGCAGUAGCUCGCCUGUAGUUUCUGACUUCUCAAUUAGACCUGUCAGACAAACCAGUACCCAGUCAGUUCGAAUCUCUCCCGUACCUGCAGUCAGAGAAAUUGACCCUGACGCUUUCGCCAACUUGAAGAUUCAACUGGAUAAAUUGAAAUUAAGUCUUUUGACCAAACAGAAGUGGAAAUCUGGCAAAAUGUGAACAGAUCCAACCCGGCAAGAGUAGUUUGAAAUGUAACGUUUAUGUGCAUUUGAUGUUUCAAACAAGCAAAACAUUUUUUUUUUAAAUUCUUUAAAAAAAAACAACCAUUCUAAGGAGCAGAACUACGCACUUACAGAUAAUAAUGUAGAAGUUAUUUCCAUUAUUUGAUAUCUAACAAAAUAAUUAAUUACCAAUAAUUAAUCUAAAAAAUGGGUUUAUUUUUUUUUUAUUGAUUAAUGUUUUGUUAGGUACAAUAAAAUUUGACCCGAGAAUGGGUGUGGGAGAAAUAACGUGUACAAACAUUUUACCAAACAAACAGAAUCCGUUGAUAUAAGCUUUGUAAGAACGUUCGUUUUAGCUUGUUAUUAAUAAAGAAAAGGAUUAUGUGAAUACUUAAGGAUUAAUUUCCCUUGUUGGUAUGAAACAAAAAAACACAUUUUUAUUAUUUUAAUUGAUUCGUUGAUACGUGUCUUGUUUACACCAUUGAAUAAUUGUGCAAAGUUUCAACUUAAUCCUAGAUUAAGUGGAGGAGAAAUAACGUGUACACACUUUUUACCAGGUAGACAGAGUGAGUUGAUUUAAGCUUUAUAUAAACGUUUGUUUUGGCUUAUUAUUAGUAAGGGAAACAAGAAUACCAAUUUCUUUUAGAAACUAGACCAUGAAUCAGGAUUAGCGUAAAUAGUGUGUGUCAGAGGGGAUUUCAAAUAUGAAUGAUGGCUUAACAGUGACAAAAGAAUAUUCCUAUCACGAGGUGAGAUUUUCUCCGCCAUCAGUCAGCAGGCGUUCCUUCGUCAAAUUCCGGUGGAUUCCGUGACAUUGAAAUAAAUUGCUGACUUUUACUAUGGAGUCCUCCUGAAAGGUACCAUCUUGUAUAAUUUAAAGUAAGUAGAGCAACUAUCUGGCGACCAGGGCAGAUGAUACGUUCAUCUUUUCCUAGGACAACAGUUAACGAUGGAUCAUGGUGCUACCUAACCAAACAAUUACUUUUCAAAAGAAGUCUGACAGCCUGUUGGAGGCUUGACAAACGUCACACAAUGAUCCAUCUUACACCCACGUACAAGCCGGUCUUAAAAACAACAAAACCAGAAGUACAGUCCAUCCAGUCAUGGUCUGACGACGCUGUUUUGCAGACACAAAUUUGUCUGGAGCAGAUUGGGACAUGUUUGUAAACAACUGCCCAGACAGAUGAACUUACAAGAACUUUUAAUUCAUACAUCCAGUUCUGUGAACACAUGAUUAUACCAAAGAAGAAAAUUAAAACAUUCAGUAAUAUAGACCCUGGAUGAUCAACAUUAAAAAUUAACAUUCUUUUGUCAUCGAGAAGUUCAUAGAAGUCUAUUUAUAAAGCGCUGGUUAUGAGUGUCUAUGCGCUUUCCGUGUGAGAAUGUCGUUCGCAUGUGCAUCUAUAUUGUUAUUGUACAGUAGUUACGCUGAUGUUGUCAAUUGUAGUCAAACCGAAUUUCCAUUUGAUUGGAUCAAUAAAAUGUAUCUUAUC